AUGAGGCACCUGGUACAACCACCUGAAAUCACAACGGUCACACAAAUGCAACAAAUGCCGUUGGUUGACCCAAACACAUAUUACACAAAUGAAGGUGUUGUGAGAUUUGUAAGAGAAUUGGUUGACCAGAAAAUCACCAGCGGUGUUGAGACCGCAGAGAGAAUCAUUACCUUCUUGGGACAACACUUAGAUAUCAAAACAAAAGGAUUUUGCUUUUCUCUCUUUCUCUCGUUUGUCAUGGAGCAGGCAAACGUCCAACAACAACACGCAGCUGCUUUCACAAAAAUACUGGAAACCUUCGCGUCGCUGUAUCUAUCGCCACAAGAACGAGAAGAAAUUCUAGGAGCAACUAGUCUCAGAAAUCCUGAUGUGUUUCAUUCAAAUUUGUUAUAUUUUUUUCUUAUACGUUAUAAACUAAAACUUUAUAAUUGA